AUGAAUCAUAAUCACAACCAUAGCAUAAACCAUCAUAAUAAUUCAAAUAAUGGUGCUACUGCUGUUGCUGUUUCUGUUACCAAUCCAAAUACCAAUACAGGUACAACAACAACUUUAGUUAAAUCUCCUUCUUUAACAUCCACAACUUCCCUCUCAUCAACCAAUUCAACAUCAUCAAACUCAUCAUUCAUAUCACCCAUGUUAAAAUCUUCAAAACGAUCUUCUUCGACUUCAAAUGAUUUAUUAUACGAAAGAGAUAGAUUUAGAGCUAGAUUACAAUCUUUCAAUAAUGCAUUAGGAAUAAAAGAAGAUACUGCCAAUACCAUGAUAACUAAUAUAGAAGGUGAUAUACCCAAAUCUCAAGAUGAUCCUGAUUGUGAUGUAUGUGAUGGAAUUGGUUCAAAAACUACAAAAUUGAAUAUCAGAAGUAAUCAUAAUCAUACUAAUCAUACAACCAAUGGUGAUGCCAUCAGUAUUGCAUCUAAUAUCAUAAAUUUAGAAAUGUCUCCUUUAAGUCAUAAAUCAUCAUUUUAUAAAAAUCAACUAUUAUUUCAUCCUCUAUCAAUCUCAUCACCUUUCACCAUAAAAUUAUUAAACUUAACUCAAUUGAAAUAUAUCUUUAAUUGGUACUUUAAUGAACCAUUACCCAAAACCAACGAGAUGUUUCCAUGGUUACAUGGAUUAAACAAAGAUAACUUUGCUCAAAAGCAAUUCUUCUUACAUCAACAACAACAAAUGCAACGAAAAUUAUUAUCGCUUAAUCCCGAUCAAGUCUCUGAAGAUCAUGAUUUAGUUGAUUUUAAUGAAUAUAAAUUAGAUAAACCAAAAGGUAUUAGAUUUCUUAUGUGUAUAAAUAAAAAUGAGAAUGAUGGUGAAGAUGAUAUAAUCUUGAAAAAUACCAUUAAAUUGAAUGAAAUCUUGCAAAAGAUUGAAGUUUCAAAAUUGGAAGUUAAGAAUAUUUUAGUGGAAAUCUUAACUAAUAUCCAAAUGAUUAAUGAUAUUGAUUUAUCGGUCAUAUUGCAGGAUUGUAUUACUUUGAAUUGUUUACCAAUCUUUUUGAAUCUUGAUCCUGAUAGAGGUAUAUCGUUGAGAAAUUUCCAUAUUCAAGUAUCGAAAUUAUCUACCUGUUCUGAUUUUAUAAUUUACAGUUCAUCAUUAUUGAAUUCUCCAAAUUUAAAAUUACAACAAAGUAUUUCACGAAUCUUAUGGAUAUCUCAACGGUAUGAACAUUAUUUAAACAAUGAUAGUGAUGGGAUUGAACCACCAGAAUAUAAUGUGUUCAUUCUUAAUGAAACUAAAGAGAAUAUGAAAGAUCAACUUUUACCAUUCAAGAAUUAUCAUCAUCAACAUCAUGUUAAACCUACCAUUUCAAACUUUUCCAAAAUAGAAUCUAAGUUUUUAUGGGAGAAAUAUAAACGUUAUAAAAAACAGCAACAACAACAAUUGGCCGAAACUGAUACAAGUACUAUAACACCUUCAUCUGCAUCCAGGUUGAUAUGGGAUAACGAUUAUCAAAUUAAAGAAAAGAUAGAAACUACGAGAAUGUCUUCCGCUACAAAGUUAGACCGUAAUGUGUGGUGUGGGAAUUAUUGGGAUUAUCAAAUCCUGUUAACAUUUAUAUUGGAAAAGGAUAAUACCUUGACUAAUUUACCUAACCCUAAAGAUUUACUUGACUUUUAUUGUCAACCUAAAAAUUCAAUUGUUUAUAAUCAUCAAGAUACUAAUCCUAACUUACUUGAUUAUUUAUCAUUACCAAGAUCUAAUUGGAGAUUAUUCAUUUAUUGUCAUAAUGAUGCCACUUUCCCUGAUUUAUCGAGUUUGUCCAAUCUUUUAUUCAAAUCCGCCAUUCAAUCUCAUAAUCCUCAAGAUUUAGAUAUAGAGCAAUUAUUUGAAUAUCAUUUAUUGGAAUUCCCUCCUCUGGGUUCUAUUGGAAUCGGCGAUUGUAAACGAGAAAAUCUCAUGUCAAUCAUAAACACAUGUAAAUUGAUUUAUGUGUAUUCCUCAUCAUCAUCCAAGAAUUUGAAUUCAUUUGGUAGUUUGAUAUACUGUUCUGAUGGAUAUACUGAACUGUCAUUGUUGGUGUUAUGUUACUUGAUGUAUUCUAAAAACAUUGGCUUGGAUGACGCUAUGCUUCAAUUGCAUUUACAGUUUGGUCGUCCGUUUUAUAUCUUCAAUAGUGAUGUUAUUAUACUAAAGAAGUUGGAAGGAUUAUUGAAUAAAAUCAGUCCUGAAAAUCCUGAAUAUAAAGAUAAGAUCAUUUGGAAUCAAUUAGAACAAUUAUCAUCAAUCCAAGUGAAUGAAUUAUUAUUAGGCCGUCCAUCACCAAGCAAGAUUAAUAAAUCCUAUAGAUUGGGAUUUAUUGAAAAUGAUGAUGAAGAUGAGGACGAGGAAGAAGAAGAAGAAGUUGAUAUUGUCAAGCAUGACGAUGAAGAAGAAGAAGACGAUAACUGGGUUAAAGAAGUUGAAGGAUCUAUACCAUCAAAGAUAUUGCCUUAUUUAUAUCUUGGAUCAUUAAAACAUGCCAAUUGUUUACCAUUAUUGAAUAAACUUGGAAUCAAGAAAAUCAUCUCCGUAGGGGAAGUAUUAGAUUGGUUGAAUGGUCAUGAAUUCAAGAAAUUCAAUGAUAUUGAUGUGGAACAAAUCGAUGAUGGAAAUAUUGAAAUGUAUAAUAUAUCACCUUCAGCCAAGAGGAAAGCUCAUUUAUCCCAACAAAAGAAGAAUAAACAUAAAGGAUCAUCAUCUCACCAUCAAUUCCAACAUCAUUUGGAUUGUUCUAUCGAUUCGGUGAUGAAAGUGAACAACUUGGAAGAUGAUGGAAUUGAUGAAUUGACUCGAUCAUUGCCCACCAUACUUGAAUACAUCAAUAAUGAAUAUUUGAAAUCAAAUGGUAAUACCAAAAUAUUCAUUCAUUGUCGAGUUGGUGUUAGUCGGUCUGCUACGGUUGUUAUAGCUGAAGUUAUGAGACGGUUAAAUAUCAAUCUUUCAACGGCAUAUUUAUAUGUCAGAGUUAGAAGGUUGAAUAUUAUCAUCCAACCCAAUUUAAGAUUCAUGUAUGAAUUAUUUAAAUGGGAAGAGUUGCAGAAAUUGAAAGCACGACAAGAAGGUGAAGACGAUGGUAGUUAUUUGCGAGAGAUUGAUUGGUUCAUGAUGUGUCGAGAAAUCAUGAAAUUGAAUAUUCCCUAUCUUUCUAAUUAA